UCAGAAUGGCUUCUACUCCUGAUGUCCUUUCGCGUUACGAGGAGAUGUUUAAGCAUCGGUUUACGUCAGACGACGCGGAAUAUCAGAAAUAUGUCAGCCCUCCGAAGCCACCUCCUGUAGUAGAAGAUUGGUUAAACAGAGAACGCAAAGUGCCUUCCACACUUGAGAUCCUUCAGAAUUACGAGAAGAUGUUUGCCCAUCGAUUUACGUCGGAAGAUGAGGAGUAUCAGAAAUACGUCCAGCGCGCCACAGACCCACCUCCCCUAGUAGGAGACUGGAGAAGCCGAUCGGGCGGUAGUCAGCGACACAGAGAUCGGUUCAGAGAUAGCCGACAGUUCAGAGGCAGAGGGGAGAGGUAUGACCGGCAAGGAGGCUACCAGUCGGGUCAGUGGCAAGAAAGAAGCUGGGGGAACAGUUACCAGCAACACCGGCAGUCGUAUCCCCAGCACGGACGAGUACCCCAGUAUGGAUACAGUUCUUACUCUUCAGGGUCCCAAUAUGGUUACUACUGA